AUGUGUGUCGGCGUGCUGUCGCUGGUGCGGCAAGGCCUGCGGCGCCGGCCGAGGCGGCGGACGACCGCGCGGGUGGUGCACGAGAGCGCGCUCGGCGAAGUUCCGGACGCCGGCGACGUGGCGGCGCGCGCUGCGCCCGCGCACGCGCCCGGCGCCCAGCUGGCCAGGGCGGUCAUGGCGAUGGCGCGGGGCGCCGUCCGUCUGGACGGCGAGGGCGGCCGCGGCGCGGAGGAGGCGUGGGCGGCGGCGAGCGGGUGGCGCCCGGCGCGCGCGCCCGACGAGGUCGGACACCUCAUGGUGCGCGAGAGCCUGCGCUACGUCAUCUACGCGUGA